AUGGUUCAGGUCACGCAACUCAAGAUCGCCGUCCUGGACGACUACCAGGGCCUCUCGGAACCACACUUUAACAAGUUGGAUAAAUCAUUGUUCUAUAUCACUACUUUCAAGGACACCCUGCUGCCCUACAACCAUCCCGAGACCCCCGAAUACGCCAAGGAUGCGUUGGUCUCGAGGCUGGAGCCAUUUGAUGUUCUCUGUACUAUGAGAGAACGCACUCCGUUUCCCAAGGAUCUCAUCAGAAGACUGCCUAACCUCAAGCUUCUUCUCUCCACGGGUCUGCGUAAUAACAGCCUCGACCUCCCCGCGUUCAAAGAACGCAAUAUACCUGUCGCUGGCACCGCGGACAAGUCGACGGUCAAGCAGGCCGGCACGGACAGCACGACCCAGCACUGCGUAACCCUAAUCCUUUCGCUGGCACGGAAUAUUGCCGCCGAUGAUCUCGCCGUCAAGUCUGGCCUGUGGCAGACGGAAGUGGCGACGGGUAUGACCGGCAAGACGUUCGGCGUCCUUGGACUGGGCCGUCUCGGAGUCUCAACGGCCAAGAUCAUGCACUUGGCAUUUGGCAUGAACGUCAUUGCUUGGAGCACAAAUCUGACGCAGGAAGCUGCCGACGAGAAGGCCAAGGCUGAGGGCUUGCCGUUAGGCACCUUCAAGGCCGUCAGCCGGGAGGAGCUUUUCAGUACUGCUGACGUUCUUAGCAUCCAUAUUGUCCUGUCAGACCGAUCCCGGGGACUGAUCAAUGCGGAUGACCUGUCCAAGAUGAAGAAGUCGGCCUUGUUUAUUAACACCUCCCGCGGUCCGCUCGUAGUCGAGAAGGAUCUUCUCGACAUCUUGAAGAAGGGUGGAAUCAGAGGCUGUGCCUCGGACGUAUUCGACCUGGAGCCGCUGCCAGUGGACAGCGAGUGGCGAACGACGGAAUGGGGUCGUGACGGGCGUAGUAGGGUGCUCCUGACACCUCAUAUGGGUUACGUCGAGGAGAACACUUUGAACGCGUGGUACGAACAACAGGCGGGCAAUAUCAGGAGGUGGCAGGCAGGCGAUGCUCUUGAAAAUGUUCUGGUGUGA